CUCUCUCUCUCAGUGACUCCAACACUCCGCCCUUACUUCCUGAGCUCCCCCUCCGUCCGCCACUCCAUCGCCACUGGCUCCCGCCGCAAUGCUCUGGAAUUUUGCAUUGGCUGCAUUGGUACUGAGUGCAGAAUUGAGUGUUAAAAUUUCAGCCCAAGAAAAUGCAGCAGAAACAUCGCCCAGUAUUUUUGGAUCAACAAAUGAUUUGGAAAAAAGUCCAUUGAGCACCACUCAAUCUAGGGCCCAAACGUCACUCACAACCAACACAGAAUCAAGCACCAAAGAACUGACCAAAGUCACAACAACCAUUCCAGCAGCCAAUUCAUCUCCAAACACCAAAUCUAACCCUCCUGUUUCAGGGAGAUCUGUACCAAUGAUCUCAAUCUCUAAUAAAAGCUUCGCAUCAGUGACAACAAGUAUAAGCACCACAGAUGAAAAUAUAAUAUCUAAUACAAAAUCACAGCAAUCAUCUUCAUUGGUAAGCCAGCCAACAGACACUAUAAAUACAUUGCAGUCAACUUCAACUUUAGGUCAAUCAACAAAUAGCAUUUCAUCACUGUCCACAUCAAUCACAACCCAGAUAACAGGUCAAUCUGAUGCAGAGUCAAAUGCAACCACUACCCAACCAUCAAGUAUCUCACAGCCUACAUCAACUUUAGCCCAGCCAACUCAUACCAAUGCAACAAAUUCAAGUAAUACUAGUACAUUACAGUCAACUUCAACUUUAAACCAGUCAACAGAUAUCGGACCAUCACCCUCAAGAUCAACCCCAGCCCAAACAGCAAGUCAGUCCAGUACACAGUCAAGUUCAACCAUAGCCCAAACCACAGCAACUCCAAGUUUAUCAAGGUCAUCCACCACUGUAAACCAACCAACAGAUGUGACAACUGCACCAUAUGUAACUUCCACCAUAACCCUGAUGGAAAGCAGCACAACUGCAUCAGAAACCACCUCUGUCACAAAUGGGAAGACGACAAUUGCUGCUGUCAUGACCACUUUGUUUUCAUUGUCAAUGACAACACCAUCAGCUUCACACAAACCAAGUUCGACAACCUCAGGAGAGACAUCCAAUAUUGCAGCCCCUUCAACCCAGGCAAUCACCAUGAGAACUGAACAAUCUGCAGACGGUUUGAGUGCAGGAAGCGUGGCAGCCAUUUCUGUGGUGGUCAUCAUAGCUGUAUUGGUACUAUUCGGAGGAGUCGUAUACUUUAAUUUAAGGAAUUCUGCAUAUGGACGAUUGUUGGAUGAUCAGGACUAUGGAUCAUGUGGGAACUACAAUAACCCUCUGUAUGACGAUUCUUAAGAAGACAAAUGGACUUUGAAGGCUUAUUGAUAUUAGGCUAUCAGCUGAAGGGUAUUGAAGUCUCCUGUUUUUUAAAACAUGGCCAAGCAUAAUCAAAUUUCGUUCAUUACUUCCCAUUUAUUGUACUCUGGUUUAAAUUUAUUCUUCUUCAGACCCAAACUCCCCACAUUGUGUGAAAUGACCUACCUGUCUGUGCAGAAUCCUUACAAACAUCGACACCCAAAGUCCCAAGUUGAGGCUGGGAUUAGUGCUGGGGUGUUUCCAUUGUCCCUCACUCCUUCAUAUAAACACCACCAAGAACCGAGACAGAAUUUACUGCUACGUAUGGAAGUAUGAUUCAGUGGGCUGACAUGUUUUAAGUAUUAUUCUCAUGAGAGUUCAAUUCAAUUUUAAAUCCUGACGUUGAUGUUGGUGAUUGAGAAAGAAAUUCAGAGAAGUGUGACUCCCAAAUGCAAUCACGGUUGAAGUUUUAGUUUUACUCCACGUAUGUGUGUAUGCCACAGGGUUAUUCAUAUGUCAAUAUUACCUUUCCAGGAGUAAUUUUGCAACAGCUCCCUUACCAGCCCAGAGCGUUGACAGAGAUGAAUGAGAGAUGUAGUUCGAGCUUUAACAUUACACCACCCUCACAGGUUCUCCCACCCGCGCUUACUGUUAGCAAGGAUCCACACUGCCAGGGGAGCAACACCAAAUCAGUCCUUUUCAAUUUUUAAGCAUCAUUUUUAUUUAUACUUUCAUGGGACAUGGGCAUCGCUGACUAGGCCAGCAUUUACUGCCCAUCCCUAAUGGCCCUUGGGGAGGACUUGAUUGUCUCGGCUAUUUCAGUUAAGAGUCAACCACAUUGCAGUGGAUCUGGAGUCACAUACAAGCCAAGCUGGGUAAGGAUGGCAGAUUUCCUUCCCCAAAGGACAUUUAAUUAUUACCUCCAAUGAAGCUGAGAAUACCCCAGUGUUAAAUUAAUUUGAUGCAACUAUUGUAUGAAUCCAGCAUGUGGAGUCAAAUAAUAAUGGCAAUUGUUGUCAAAGGGGACAGUCGCUCCUGGGAAGCGCUUUAAGUGACUUUUUGCUGGGUGACAGGUGCAACUUGCUGUAAAAUGCCAGGCCCAAUUUAAAGGGGUUGGUCAUUUGGUGCAAUUCAUGUCACCCACGAAAGUGUGGAUUUUUCUGGAGUAUGUUGCUGGUAGGUCAGUCGAGUGGGGGGCUAUCUUUAGACAAUUGAAUAGUAACUUGCAAAUUCCAGCUGCAGUUCCCAAAAAUACAAGUCCUUAUGAGAUACAUCAGGGGCUGGGGAUGGAUGCUUUGAAAAUAAAUCUGUUACUGACGCAGCAGUUCAGAUGACACACAAUUUGCUGAUGACGCUAAGUUAUGUAACUAAGGGACACAGAUAGCAUUGGAGAGAUUGAGGCUAACUGAGGAGAGGAGCAAAGUGAGAGGUUUUAAAAUGGAUAAAUCCAAACAUUGCAGAGAUUGAAAUGGAAAACAUGGAUUGGAAUAACAAUAGAAACAAAUUUUUUUUAAAUUAUUAAUCAUUCUCUGAAAGUUUUUGCAUGAAAUGUGAAGGCGUUAUAUGAAUCUGGGGUGAUUGAGUAUUGGGUACACCAGUCAUCUCUCUCUAAUGAGAGAGUAGCCUAUGGUUAAAAUUUGGCAAGAACAUUUAGUUAUAAAUCCCAGCAAGCUAUUUUGAUCUUCAUGGACUGUUAUUGAGGUCAGUUUUUAGAAGUGGUAUGGGGUGGGUGAGGUUGUGGUGGGAGUGGGGCUUGUUGUUUGUUUUGGGGAGGGGGGGAUGCGUUGAUGGAGUCUGGUGUGGGGGUGUGGUGAGGAAUGUGAGAAGCUCUGCAUCUCCCACUUUGCUGGUUAAAGGGCAAAUAAUGUAAUAAACUUACCUGGGCCCUUGUGUCUGGCUUUGGUAGGCAAGUCUGGUGUAUAGCCCUUAGUCCUGCAGUGAAAAUGGAAUUGUUGGGACUUUGGGAUUGGAAUUAACCCCCCGCUUCUCCAGCAUGGGCCACUUCUUCAUUCCUGACUUCAGGUCCUGUACGAUGGUAGGACAUAGGAAUGAGCCAUCUUAAUCCCAGCCCUCCCUGCCUACACCAAUUCUGCUGAAUGGAGGAGACAAGUGGUGGGUUUAUAUACUCUCUUCGUAGCCUGAGAUAGUCCAACUGAUUUGUUAAAUUGUUGAUGAGUAUUGAGAAUAUUGGCAUAAUGGCAAUGUUUUGAAAUGUGAAGUAAUGGUGGAUCUUAGGGUUAUACAAGUUACAGAACUAAGGUGGGUGGAUUGCUUUAAAAUACAGGUCUGCCAUGAUCUAACUGAAUGGUAGGAUAGGCCAGAGGGCUGAAUGGCCUCCCUCCUAUUCACAUAAUUCUUUCUUCGAUACAAUCUGGACUUUUGCAGCAUCAUUAGGAUAAAUUCUGCAGAGGUUUAUAAUCUGGAAAUUGUGAGAACAAAGUUUGAACCUUAUGAAGUACAAUGUUAGUUUUCACAUGUUGCUGUGCAUACUUAAAUAAUCUCAUAACAAAAACAAUUCUAAUAGGAAUUGGGAAGUGAUGCUGAAACUACACUAAAUGUUGAUCACUAAAUGGAAUAGUGUCACAUGACUGCAAGACAGGACAACACAAUAAGGGAAUUACUUUGUCAAUCAAAGAUGGAUUGUAAGGGAACUAAGAUGUCAUUACUGAUGCAUUUAACAAGUUAUAACUCCUGGUGUCAUUCAAGCUGCACCUAGAAACAGAUAAUCUUGUCAUUAUCACAAAAGUCUAGGCUGACACUUCCAGAGCAGUACUGAGGGAGGGUCAGCACUGUGAGAUCGUAGUCUUUUGGAGGUGCCAUCUUUCAGAUGAGAUGCUAAACCGAGGCCCCACCUGGUCUCUCAGGUGGAUAUAUACAAUCCUGUGGCACUAUUUUGAAGAAGAACAGGAGUGUUCUCCCUGGUGUCCUGGUCAAUAUUUAUCCCUCAAUCAACAUCACAUAAUCAGCUUAUCGGGUCAUUAUCACAUUGUUGCUUGUGGGAGUGCUGUGUUUCCUACAUUACUGAAGUAUGUUAUUGGCUGUAAAGCAUUUUGGAAGCUGAAAUGCUUUCUUCUAUUGGAAAAAUCAGCCUCUUGCAAAAAAAAAAACUCCAAAAAGAAUGUGAUGCCUAAAAAAUGUUGAGUAAUAUUUGAACUACCAGCACACAUUUAUCACUGGGAAUGCUGCAGCAUGUAUUGCGGCCAUGAGUGUUUAAUCCAUGCUAAUUUAUUAUUGAUGAAGUGUAUUGUAACUGGUAUAUAUGAAAUUAUUUGCACUAUGAACCAGAGUCUUUGUAAAUUCUUGGUCUGGCCUUUGCAAUUGUUCUGCAAUGCCUUUCGUAUUGAAGCAUGUUAGUGCCAGGAGCAGAGAAUCGAAUGGUGUAAGCUGGAUACCCUUUUGAAUAAUUUGUAUCUUGCUCUCUGCCAUUUGCGAACCAUCAAAUAACUUAGCAAGCAAGAACAUGUAAUGACAAAUAAUCAGCCCUAAUUAAUGGUGAAGCAGCUUAUUAAUUGAUGGAUUAAUAAUAAACUUCCUCUUGAUGA